CGGCCGCUCUCGCCAGCUCUCGCUAAAAUGGCUGAAAUCAACGGUUCACGAUGACAACAUGACAAUGUAUCGCGCGCGCGUGACAAAACACAUACGUUCUAGAAUGAUUUCUGAUGAUUUCGUCGUGCCGCUGUUCUGCGAACACGACAUCCCCUUUGAAACAAAAUACGUUCGUCUGCGUCGAGUGAACGCUGCUCGACGCAGAAAAACGUCCGCGGGCGCGGGCGCGAACAACGUGCAGCCGUUUUCGCGAUCACGAACGCUUGGAUUUGGAUCCUUCAGCGCUAAAACGUGUCCCGUGGGCCGUGACAUUCGGUGACAAAACAGAACGGAACAGAACCCUUAUCUAGCCCUAACCUCUACGCUCGCUUGACGCCACCGUGACCAACCGUGACUGUGGAAGAUGCAAGCCACUUUCCGUAAGAAUGAAGAUGAAGCAGAAACGGACUUGUCACUCUUGUCAGAUCACGGGGAACGCGCAAAGCUACGAGAAUGGUUGACGUUGGCAGAGAGAAGCGCAGACGGUCGACGGUCGACGGUCGACAGCAGGAGACGCAAAACUCGGCUGUGUUCUACAAGUGUGCUGCUAACAACAUGGUGUCAACGGGUGAUUUAAACAACGUGCAGACAAAUGCAUGGCACGUUGUUUACGAAACAUGGUUGAGAGACGCCGCUACUGGAGAUGUAACGUUGACAUUGAAAUCUGAGGCUGAACUUGCAGAAACUUGUUUGUUAAUAGGAAAUACAACGACGUUACAGUCAGCGGGUAUGCCACAAGAUCCACCAAGUAAUAAGGAUUCCACAGAAAGUUCAAUUAAGCUUAAACCAUCGAAGGAACACGAAGAAUCUAUGAAACGUACAAAGCAGCCUGAAAACUGGAAAGUAAACAUGAAGAAAAAUGCUAGAUUAAAAGGGGAGGAGUACAUCGGAGUCGGAGGCAAACGAGUGCCAGCUAAAAAGAUGGGACACCCCUGUGUUUGUCGCAUGCGCUGCGCAGACAAGAUAGACGAGAAGGAACGCGAAGACGUGCACAAGGCCUUUUGGAGGACUUGUAUGUGGCAACAGCGAAAGCAGCAUAUCGCCAUGUGCGUCAAAGAAUCUCCGAAACAACGCACUCGUUUGCGCAACAUUCAGUUGGAGCGUUCUCCAUCGAGAUAUCGGCAUGUGACUUUCACUUUAUCUCUUCUUUCGAAGGAUAACGUCAUUACCGUGUGUAAGCCCAUGUUUCUCAGCACGUUUGCGGUAUCUGACAAGUUUGUGCGGCAUGUGAUGAAGAAGAAACGAAUGUCAGCGGAUGGUCGUAUCGGACCGGAUCAAAGAGGCAGGCACACGCGCCGAAAACUAAGAAGAGCGAGUGCGCGAACAUAUUGGAUCGUUCCCGACCGAGAAACCGACGGAUCUUAAAAAUCACAGUGGUAAAUAUUACUUGGACUCUUAUCUAAACAUAUCUACGAUGCAUAAAUCCUACGUGUUCAAGUGCAAACAGGAGGGUGUUUUUGAAAGUGAGAUAGUGAAGGAAAGUUACUAUAGGGAAAUGUUUAAGACCGAGUUCACGCUCGGAUUUAAAUGUGCACAAACUAAGGGGAAGAACGUCCUGUCAAAUGUUAGCUGACACAGAGAUGUAAAAGAAUGCGAGAAAUGACGUUGUUGGUUAUAUUGAAAUGUGAAAUGUAGCCAAGUUUUCAUAUUGCUGCGUACAAAGCGACACAACGUUCAACAUACGUUAUAGAUUUAUUAACACAUUUGGGAAUUUUAUACUUGAUAUUGUUUGACAUUACACGUAAAAAACAUUAAAUAAUGUAAUAAUAUCACUGGUGCAGUUGGCUAUAAAUUUU